AUGUCUAGCCGCGGGGGCGCUGGCGCUGGGGGGCGGCGGAAGGAGGAGGAGGAGGGCAGGGCGCGGCACAGGGUCCCGGGGGGGAAAAAGCCCUCCGCGACUUCCGCCACUGCGCCUGCAGCAGGGGGAGGCGCGGACCGUGGGGGGGACGGGGAGCUGCUGCGGACGGUGUCUGGCGCGUCCACUGAUUCGUCUAAGGGGAGAGGCAGGCGCGCAGCCGCGCAGGGGGAAGGAGGGGAGGAGGGGCGCGCGGGGCGGGUGAGGGGCGGCGGACUGGGGGAGCACGCGGAGGGGAUGGAGGGGGCGCAUGAUGACGAGGACGCCCACAGGAAGAAGAAAGAAGCCAAGCGCUCUGCGCGGAAGGAAGCGCUAGAGGAGAUGCGCGCGGAGGUGGAGCAGCUGCGGGAGCAGCUGAGGGACGCGGGGGAGAAGGCUAAGGACGCGGACGACAGGGCGCGCGAGGAGGCGCGGAAGCGCCAAUACGUAGAGGCGGUAAUGGCGGAGCUAGAGGAGCAGAUGCAGGCGGAAACAGGAAGGCGCGAAGCCGCGGAAAAAGCGCUCAAAGAGGCGCGGCGGAAGCUGGAGCGCGCGGAGGGGGGCGCGGGGGGCGCGGGGGGCGCGGAGGGGAAGGAGAAGCGGGGCGGAGCGGGGGGAGAGGUGGCGGAGCUGGAGGUGCGGUUGGAAGAGGCGGAGAGGCGUUGGGAGGAGGAGAGGGACCGGGCUUUGGAGCUAGAGCAGGAGUUACAGAUGGUAGACGAAGAGAUGAAACUAGAGAGGGAGUCUAUGCGGGAAAGUAUGGCUGCUUAUGCUAAGGGCAUGGAGGAUCUAGCUACGCAAGCUGAGGAUGAUUUUAGGAGGCAGAUUGACGAUUUGAAGGAUGACCUGGAACGCGCGAAUGCUGAGCUGGACGCGGUUAGGGAUGAGCUGGACAGGGCGAAUGGUGACGUGGAAAAGGGGAGGGAUGAGCUGGAGAGGGCGCGGGAUGAGGUGGAGGGCAUGCGCGCGCGGGUGGAGGAGGCGGAGCGCACGGCGCAGGCUGCUGUGCGGAAGGUGCUGGAGGAGAAGGGGCGGCGGGAGGAGGCGGAGGGGGAGGCGGAGGAGUGGCGGAAGAAGGCGGAGAGCAGUGCGCGCGGAGAAGGGGGGGCUGGGGGAAGCGGAGAAGAGGGGGAAAAGAGCGAGCAGAGCGAGAAGAGUGAGAAGAGUGAGGGUGAGAAGGGCGAGAAGGGUGAGAAGAGUGAGGAAGAAGCGAAGGCAGGGGCCGGCAGGAUUGUGGAGUUGGAGAAUGAAUUAGAGGACCUAAGAGAUAGGAUAGAGGCUGCUGAAGCACAGAAGGCGAAUCUGCUGGAGCGGUGGGAGGAGGGCGAGCAGCGCAGGCAGGAAGCGGAGCAGCAGCGCGAUAAGGCAGAGGCAGCAAGGAGAGCUCUCGAGGCGCAGGUGAUUGAGCUCGAGGCGCAGGUGGUGCAGCAGAGGGCGCAGGUGGAGGAGGCGGAGGGGCGGCAGCGGACGCUCGAGGCGCAGGUGAAAGAGCUCGAGGCGCAGGUGGUGGAGCUGGGCGCGCAGGUGGGGGUGCAGCGGGAGAGGGCGGGGGAGGCGGAGGCGGAAACGAGGGCGCUGAAAGCGCAAGUGGCGGAGGCGGAAACACAGCUGGGGGCGGAGAGGGGGAAAGCGGGGGAGCUGGCGAUUCAGCUGGGGAAGCAGCGGGCAAAGGCGGAGGAGGCAGAGCGAGCAAUGGGGGAACUCGAUUCGAAGCUGGGGCAACAGAGGGAGAGGGGCGGGGAGGCGGAGGGGGAGGUGCGGGAGGUUACUGCAAAGCUGGAGCAGCAGAGGGCACGCGCGGAGGCAGCAGAGAGAGAGUUAGAAGAGGUCAAAUCCGAGCUAGCACAGCUGAAGACCGAGCAAGGGCAGCUGGGACAGCUGCGGGAACGGGUAGAAGAAGCAGAGCGGGAGAGCAGGGAGCUGGAGGGGAAGCUGGAGCGGCAGAGGGUGCGGGCGGAAGAGGCGGAGGGGGCGGCUAGGCGGGUGGCGGAGGAGAUGGGCGCGGAACUGGCGGGCAUGCGCGAGCGAAUGGUGGAGUACGUGAUGGGGCGCAAGACAGCGGAGCAUAGGGAGAGAGAGGCAGGUGCGAGGUGCGAGGAGGAGAGGGGGAGACGGGAGGAGGCGGAGAGGAGGGUGAGGGAGCUGGAGGAGGAGGUGCAGAGAGGGAAGGCGGCGGAGGAGAGGGUGAGGGAGCUUGGAGAGAGGGUGGUGCAGGCGGCGGUUGUGGGGGCGAGUGCGGGUGGGAGGGUGGAGGGGAGUGUGGACGAGGGGAAAGAAGGUGAAGGGAAGGAGGGUGAGGGGAAGAAGGGGGAGGAGGUGGGGGCGGAGGGGGGAGCGGUAAAAGGAGAGGAAGGGGAGUCAGAGCUGGAGGAUCUGAGGAAGCAGUGUGCCCAGGCGUUGAGAGGCAGGGGAAACAGAGCUGGAAGGUCUGAGGAAGCAGUGCGCCCAGGCGUUGAGGCAACUGGAGGAUGCAGUGGAGGUGCAAUCAAGCCUAGAGCAAGAAUUAGACUAUCUGUAUCUAGAGUUACAGCACGAGCAGGAGCUGUCCACGGAGGUGGCGCUGGUGGCGGAGGAGGAGUGGCGGGGCUAUCCUCUCUUGCACUUGCUCACCACUUUCGUCCCUUCCCACCCCCAUUCUGCAGGCAAUUAGAGGAUGCAGCAGAAGUCCAGUCAAGCCUAGAGCAGGAACUGGACCACCUGUAUUUGGAGUUGCAGCACGAGCAGGAGCUGUCAACGGAGGUGGCGCUGGUGGCGGAGGAGGAGUGGCGGGGCAGGCAGGACGCCCUGCGCGCUCUGGCAGAGGCGCACAGGCAGCUCGAGGCCCUCGGCGCCCUCGGCAGUGACGCUGCUGCCGCCGCUGCCGCCGCCGCUGCCAGCGGUGGCAUUUCUGCUGCGUUCUCAGCUGGUGCUAGUGGUGGUGGUGCAGGGGGGGAAUACGAGGGGCCUGUUGCGGCGGAGAGGCAGGACAGCUGGGCGAGGCGGAGGGCAGGGGACGCGCCCCUGCUGCCUCCGCGGCCCAAGCUCCCUGCCGCUGGUGACAGCCCCCGAGAUGCCUCCGCUGCCGCCACUGGUGCUGAAAAAUCAGGCAGAUUCUCGCAACCACAACAGCAGCAGCAGGGCGAGGGCAGGGCCGGGGGCAGGGCCGAGGGCAGGGUCGAGGGCAGGGGCGAGGGUAGGAGCGAGAGCAAGGGGUCGGGCGGGUUGGGGCUGGAGCGCACGUCGUCAGACAUGCUGUCGUACGUGCACGGUGCGUCGGAGCUGCUCAAGGGGCUGGCUAGGCCGGACGAGGGCGUGAGCAUGGGCAUCAAGCUGCUCGCGCUCAAGAAGGGCCUCUCCUACAGCCGCGCCGUGUCUGAGUCCCUGCGCACUGACGCUGGCGUGGGAGCGGGCGGAUCGGGCGGGUCGGGCGAAGCAGGGAGUGUGACUCCUCCUGGUGUGAGCAGUGAGGCAGGGGGGGCAGGAGCGGGAGGGGCAGCGGGAGGGGCAGGAGCAGCACCUGCAGGGGCGACACCAGCAGGGGCACUGGCACCGGCCGCACACGCGUCUGCCAAGGCGGGGCGAAUCAGUCGCUCUGCCUCGCGGCGGCUGAGCGUCUCUCUGCUGUCCCCGCGCUCGGCAGUGCAGCAGCGGUGGGAGCAGCUGUCAGCGUCGCUCAUAGCAGAGCGCGAGGCGCAGGCAGCGUCAGGGCCCGCCAGGUGGGGCCCCUGGCUGCAUGACCGUGGGCCCUGGUGGCCCUCUGUUUCUCCUGGCGUCCCAGGUGUUUCUCCAGGUGUUUUCCCAGGUGCUCCAGGGGUUUCGCCAGGUGGUUUGGUGGCGGGAGUAGGCGUGGGGCGGGGGGAAGCAGGGGAUGUAGCAGCAGGGGCGGCAGGGGCGGCAGCAGGGGCGGCAGGGGCGGCAGCAGGGGGGCAGUCGGGGCGACAUUGGUUGGCGUUUGUGCACGUGAUGCUACAGCUGUCUCUGCACCGAGUGGGGUUGCUAGAGGAACGUUUACAGGCGGCUGUAGCGGCUGCAGCGGCGGCUGCUGCUACAGCCGAAGCAGCCAAGGCAGCGGCUGUAGCAGGCGAGAGUGUGAGUGGGGCCGCUGCUGGCGCGGCUGUAGCAGAGGCAGCAGGAGUUAGCACUGCAGCUGUUACAGCUAAAGCUACAGCUGGUGACAGUAAGGAGGGCGCAGGAGAAAAAGAUCUGGUCAGCACAGCAGGGGCGGCAGGAGCAGCUGGAGCGAGAGCAGGGGAAGUGAAGAAGCCGUUUUUGCAUAUCUUUGUGGGGGAUAGCGCUGCUAAGGACGAGGGGACUGGGGCAGACGCGUCAGCAGUACAGGCAGUUGAUAAGACAGCAGAGAUUGCAAGGGCUGAGUGUAAAACACAGGAGCAGACAGAGAAGGAGCAGCAGGCAGCAAAGGGCGCAGCAGAGAAGGCAGCAGAGGAGGCAGCAGGGGAGGCAGAGGAGGAGGUCGAGGAUGUGAAUGAAAUGAGCGAGGAGCGGCGGGAGAAGGAGGAUGGGAUGGCGUCCCCUAUGGUGCGGGAUGGCAGGCCGGGCGGCAGGAGGGCUGUGGACAAGCGAGUGGAGGCACAGAGAGCAGCAGUGGAGGCCAAGGAAGCAGAGCUAGCACACGUGAUGCAGCAGCUCAGGACAGUCGACUCGCGCAUCGAGCAACUGCUGUCUGCAGAGCCGCCCUCCCCUCCCCGCGCUGCUGCUCCUCAGAGUGGAGGCCUGUUUGCAGCUACUGGCUCUCUCUUCUCCUCUAUGAUGCCGCGUGCUGCCACCGUCACUCUGCCUCAAGCUUCCAAGGCCCCUGUCGUGGCCAAACCCUCACUCCAGCCUCUUCAGUUUGCACAGAUGCUCUCCCUCUCCCUCACCCCGACUGCUACGGUUCAGUCUGUUAAAAGCAGCAGCAUUGCCACCACCACCAAUGCCACCACCACCGGCAGCAACACAUCUGCACCGCAGCCAACCCAGGCCGCUGCCCUCCCUGCCCCACACCCUGUCGACCUGCCAGCUCAGCAUCUGCCACCUCAGCACGCACCAGCGCAGCAACAACCUCUGGUCGUGGAACUUCAGCCACUCAACGUGCCACAUCAGCAGCAGCACCGGCAGUCCCAGGAUCUUACCCCAUACGGGCAGUCAGUCGGGCAGCCCGGGCAGGUCCCUGUGCAGCAGGAAACAUUCUACAGGCACGACGAGCCAGCAUACCCGGACGCAGGAUACAGGUCCGGGCACAGGCUCGGGCACGGAUCGUCUGGCGGAGGUUCGCCAAGAUCAGGCUCGGGAGGGCUAGAUCCAGGCUCGCCCUAUUCAGACGACUACCCGCCUUCUCUUCAAGCCGUAGACCUGAGGUCCCCAGGGGGUCCCAUGGAUAUGUCUCCUGAUUCCAUGGGGGGCUAUGAGGGGCAGGGCGGGUUCGGGUUUGGAGGGUUUGGGCUUAUGACAGACAUCCCUUGA